UACAUGUCGUGAGAAGUCUCUAGCCUUGGACCGACUAGACUAAUAUCUUCCUAUCCACAGAGAGACAGAGAGAACAAAAAUGGCGGAAGCUGUCAUCGUUGGUAUUGCUGGAAAGAUCGUUGCUAAUCUAGUUCCUGAAGCGAUAGAAAAGGUUGGAAUGUUAUGGGGCGUCAAGCAUGAACUCAAGGCGCUCGGAGACACCAUCUCCACUCUUCAAGUUGUACUGGACCAUGCAGAAGAGCAAUACCACCAAAGUCCACAAAUCCAAGUUUGGGUUGACAAACUGAAAGAAGCUUUCUAUGAUGCACAGGAUGUGCUUGAAGAAUUCAAUAUAGAAGCUAUGCGACGAGAAUUGAGGGGCCACAAUGAAAUGUUGAAGGAGGUAAGAACAUUUUUCUCAAGUUCAAACCAGCUUGCUUUUAAAGUGAAGAUGAGUUACAAACUAAGAGCAGUGAGGGAGAGAAUAGAAGCCAUUAAGGCUUAUAAGAAAUUCCACUUGGACGAACGCCCCAAGAGAGAUUGGAGGAAGAGAGAAGAGACGCAUUCGUUUAUACGUGAAGGAGAUAUUAAAGGCAGAGAUGAUGACAAAAGGACGGUUAUAAAAUUUUUAUUGGAUUCAAAUGUGAAAGAGAACGUUUCCAUCCUUCCAAUAGUUGGAAUUGGUGGGCUUGGAAAAACGGCACUUGCUCAAUGUGUCUAUAAUGAUGAGAUGGUUAGUAAACAUUUUCACUUGAAAUUGUGGGUUUGUGUCUCCAAUGACUUUGACAUGAACAAAAUAGUGAAAAAUAUCAUAGCUCGUGCAAAGAACAAAGAACUAACUGAAGUUGCAAUUGAACAAUUGCAAAGUGAACUAAGAACAGUAAUUGAUGGAAAAAGAUAUCUCUUAGUUUUAGAUGAUGUGUGGAUUACAGAACGAGAAACAUGGCUAAAGUUGAAAACUUUAUUGAUGGGAGGUGCUGGAGGAAGCAAGAUCCUCAUAACCACACGCCUUCCUUUGGUUGCGGAGAUCACCAGGACUGCUCCACCUCAUUAUCUCAGGGACUUAUCUGACAGUGCAUCUCUUGAUUUACUAAUGCAAAUGGCUUGUCGAAAAGAAGAGAAGAUACAAGAUCCUGAAAUGCUAGCUAUCGGCAAAGAUAUAGUUAGAAAGUGCUAUGGGGUUCCAUUGGUUGUUCGAACUGUUGGGAGUAUACUAUUCUUUAAGAAAACUAAACCCGAAUGGUCGCAUUUCAAAGAUUAUGAGCUCCCAGAUGUGUCUCAAAGGGAAGAAGGCAUAAAAUCUAUUCUUAGGCUAAGUUACGACCAUCUUCCUUCACAUUUGAAACAAUGUUUCGCGUUUUGUUCAUUGUUUCCCAAAGAUUAUAAGAUAAAGAAGCAGACUUUGGUCGAUCUUUGGAUGGCAGAAGGAUUUAUCCAGCAAUCAAAUAGAAGUCAGCAUUUAGAAGACAUUGCUCAUGGAUAUUUCAUGGAUCUACUUUGGAGUAACUUCUUCCAAGAUUUUGAGAAAGAUCCAGACACGAACGAGAAGACUUGUAAGAUGCAUGAUUUGAUGCAUGAUCUAGCCUGCUUAGUUGCAGGGAUCGAGUGUUGGGUGGCAUGGGAUGAUAGAAAAUCCAUACCCAAAAGAACUCGUCACAUAUCAUAUGGUUCAACUUUCAAUUUGAUGGGUGAACUUCCGAUCUCACGCAUACAAGCAAGUGCACUGAGAACAUUUUUGGGUGCUGCUAGUGAUCGAGAAAUGGAACCAAUGAGUGAAGCAAAUCUACGCCAACUCAUUCAGAGUUUCAAGAGGUUGCGCGUCUUAGAUCUACAUACCACAUAUGUCGAGAAGGUGUCAAAGUCCAUUUGGCAAUUGAGUUCUUUGCAUAGGCUAACACGCUUCAUUUUGCCCAAAGAUAAAGCUCUUGCUAAGGAUUGUUGUGGACUUGGGGAGCUAAAAGAGCUUAAUAACAUCCGGGGAAGCCUUUGCAUUGAGAAUUUGGGAAGCGUGACAGAUGCAGUAGCAGAAUCCAGGGCUGCGAACUUGAGAGGAAAGCAUUCUCUGGAAUCUUUGAUACUUGAAUGGGGCGAUUUCGAUACUGAUGAUGUAGUAAUUAUGGAUAGUGAUGAAGCUCUAUUGGGUGGACUAUGGCCGCACUCAAAUCUGCAGGAAUUGAUGAUCAGAGGAUACAAAGGUGAAAGCUUUCCAAGGUGGAUGAUGGAUAGCCUCGUGUCUUCUUUGCCCAAUUUAGUCGAGGUAGGCUUUUCCAGUUGCAGAAGAUGUAAACAUCUCCCUCCACUGGGCCAACUACCACGCCUCAAGUCUUUAUCUAUUUGGGAGCUGCCUGAAUUGGAAGAUAUCGGGUUAGGCCAUUCAUCCACUUCAAUAGCAUCAUUUCCUAGUCUAUUGAAAUUAAAGAUCAUUAGCUGUAUGAAAUUGAAAGCCAUGGCACCAGCUCCACAUCUUGAGGAGUUAAUCCUGAGUAAUGCCAACCCAGCGUUGAUAAAUAUGAUAGUUGGCCUUAAUAAGCUGAAGAGUCUGAAUAUCCGGAUGAUGGAGUCUCUAGAAUGUGUACCGGAGGAGUGUUGGAAAAGCCUCACCUCACUCGAAUCUCUUCAAAUCUGGGGUUGUACUCGGUUAACUUCCCUCUCAACAGCACCACCACUGGGUACGCGACAUCAAUCCAACCUGGUGGAUCUCGAUUCUUCGGAUUCUGAGGAGCUGGAUUUAUCCAAUUACGACGAAAGCAACAGAAACAACAACCUCAUCUUGGAACUUCAUAGUCUCCGCUCCGUGAGUCUCGGUGAACUUCCAAAACUAGCAUCUCUCCCACAAUGGCUUCUCCAGCUCAGCAAUCUCGAGCGUCUCAAUAUUCAGGAUUGUAAGGAGCUGGAUUUAUGCAAAGACGAAAGCAGCAGCAACAACGUCAUCUUGGAUUUCCAUGGAGGACUCCAUCAGAGUCUUCGGUCCCUGUGGAUCGACGACCUUCCCAAACUAGCAUCUCUCCCACAGUGGCUUCUACAGGCCAGCAAUCUCGAGCAUCUCGAAAUUUCCCGUUGCUUCAAUUUGAAGGAAUUACCAGAGCAGAUCGAGGCCCUUCAAUCACUUCAACGGCUUGACAUCCACGAUAGCCCCUCAUUGACGUCAUUACCCGAAGGAAUGCGAAAGCUUGCAUCCCUUACUCACCUGAGAAUCUACGGUUGCCCAGAAUUGAAGAAGAGGUGCAAAAGAGAUGCAGGCGAGGACUGGUACAAGAUCGCUCAUAUCCCCGACAUCUAUAUUGGAUGA